CUUCAUUUAUGAAAGCUCGGCCGCUACUAUUGCCAUCGUAAGAAAGCCGUCUAGACAAAAAAAAAAUUUUUCUUGGCUUCUUCCCAUAAUUAUGUUGUCUAUUUUGCUAUUCAUGGAGAUAUACUGAGAGGAGUUUAAAGCGGGUGAGGGUAAGAGAUAAAUAAAACGAGACAUAAAGAGGAAGAGAAGUAGUGGAAGGAGGAGGCAGAAGAGGAAAAGAAAGAGGAAGAUGCUAGCUUUGUCUUCUUUGAGAAGUUGAUCGCACGGCGCCGGCCCAAGUCCUCUCUCUCUUCUUCUUUCUUUCUCUCUCAUUCCAAUUAUGACUACUACAUUUUUUAAGAAGCCACCUUUUAUUGUGUUCAAUACUUACCAGUGCGGACAAGUUCCUCUGCCAGAUACUAGUUGAUACCAACCACUUCGGUUUCGACACACCAAGAGAUUUCUCAGUGAAUGGUUUCAAAUUUGAAUGCAGAUGAAAUUUGUGGAUGAGGGAUUCUCCAACUCUGAUCUAAGGGAAAUUGUAGUAUUGGCACAGCGAUAAAACAUAAUGAAGCAAUACCAAAUUAAGGCAUACUUUGACCAGAAGGCUCUAGAGUGAAAAUCUUUUGUACCAAAAACUAAAACAAGUGCUGCUUGUUAUACAAUACUAGGAUAAUGUACCAAUAUUUGUAUAAUUCCCAGCACUUUAAUUUCAUCAACGAAUGGGCUUCAGAGCUUCAACUUUCUGAUCACACAUCCUCUACUAAUAGGAUUUUAAUUGGGAGAGCUUGUGGACUUGUGACCAGCUUAAUGUGAGAAACCAUGCCAAAUGUGGAAUGUGCGAGUGAGACGUGGUCCCCAACCCAUCUAAGAGGGCAGUAACUCCAAAUAAGAACUGACUCAGACUGUGAUGAAAUGUCCAACCCAUGCCAACAUGGAAAACCAAGUGGAUGUUAAAUAAUGAUGAUGAUGAUGAUGGCUUUUUCUGUUUUAUUGUAUUUGGAGUUAAAUCAAAUAAGGAUGAUGAUGGAAAUACGAAACAAAAUUGAUUACACUUACUCAAUAGUUGGCUUUUUCACUUUAUUGACUCUUCUUGAACAUGGUUAUUCUCACAAAACUCCAAAUAACGAUGGAAAAAGGCUGAGCAAAGAUCGACCAGAAAUAUUUUAUGACACUCGUAUGAUUCCAGAACGAGUUGUAAAAAAUAUAUAUAUUUACAAAAGUACAAAGAAUUUAUUUGCAUUCUUGAAAGAAACAGCUGAUUCAAGAUUAUCCAUAACUGUAACACCGUGUGCAUCAGACAUAAACUGGAGGGUUAUAUUUAAAAGAUUACAUUCUAAUUCACAGUUUGAAUCUGCAGGCACACCAAUAUCACAGUCUCUUGCUCUUCAAAACUUUUCGGGAGAUGCUAGCAAUACCUACCAAGAGAAGGAAGGACGCAAGGGUCUUUAUAUAGUUGAAUUAGAAGCAAUAACUUCUGAAACUUAUGCAAGAGUCUAUGUCACAACUACUCCUGAUAUUGACAACAUUUUCCCCUUGCCACCAGCAGAUAACCAUCUCAACACAACCAUGAAAACAGCAAAAGAUGUCAGUGUCGCAUGGAAACCAAGUUCAUCAUCUACCAAUAAAAUCAAGUACUGUGUAUCUUUUAGUCGGAAAAGACAAUUUUAUACCAACUGUGGAGUUUUAGCACAUUUCCAUGGUGAUGCAAAACCCACUCUUCCACCUCACACUGGGUUUGGAUUUAAAGAAGAAAAGAAAAAAAGGCUUUUAAGAAAAUCAGCAAAGCCUAUUCGUUCAGCUCCAAAAGGGCAUAUUUUUUACGAUUGCGUUGGAAGUAAACUUUCUUAUACGUUUAAAAAAGGCAAACCAGGUCGAAAGUACUUUAUCAAUGUGUUUGCUAUUAACUCCACUUCUAAUAUGUCAAUCAGUUAUGCUGGUGUACAAGUUAAGCUUAAACGAAACAAGAAAAAACGUUUUGUAGUGAAAGAAAAUAAAGUGCAAACACUAGUAAUCAAACGGAGAAAAAUACCAAAAUUAUAUUUUAGUCUUUCACGAAAUGUUAAGGCUUUGAAUCUAUUUUUGCAAGCCUGUGGUGAUGUCAUGAAAAUACGUGUUACUAAAAGUAAGCAAAAAACAAAAGUUGUACGCAGUAGCAUAACAUUUUUUAGAAAACUUGUCUUGAAAGAUCUUGAAGCUGGAAAUUACCAGAUUCGUGUAUCUCGAGACAAAAAAAAUCAUGGACUGCAGCAAUCCCUUACAUUAUUAUUGCAAGACAGUUCUUCACAUAUUGAUGUUCCUAGACUUCCACACAAUGCAAAAGUAACAGUUUUAAGCAACUCUACCCUCUGCAACCAAGUGACAAUUUCUUGGAAUGCUACAGAAAAGAAUCAACGCUAUUGUGUAUACAAAAGUAAAAUUCCUAAAAUAAUUCCCGAAAUCAGAGCCAAUAGAAAGGUACAACCACAGUGCGUUGCAGUUGCAUCAAGAAAAAAAUUUGCAAAAUUGUUUUGUAAAGUAGCAAAUAAACAAAAAGUGUUCACAGAAACUAUUGACAAAUUAACUCCAGGGACAAGUUAUAUGGUUUCUGUCUAUGUAGGUCUUCGGGAACGAGAAAUGUUUGCUUAUCAAUCUGUGUUUGUGACAACCAAAUCGUAUUGCUAACCUAAGAAUUAUAAAUAUUGCCAUGUACAUAUGCAGACAUACAAAAUUAUGAUACAUGUUCAUGUUUGCUCGGGUAAAUUGGAGCGAAUGAAAGGGAGAGAAAGGCAGGGAAAAAUGUGGUUUUGUAUUAUGUUGAUCUGAAUGUGGGAUUGUAUUAGCAUCUGUGUACAUAUAUUAAAUUUUUUUUUCACUCACUUAUUGAUAAACGGGUGGUGACUGAAUUAGGGUCUCUAUAACCUUUUUCCAGACAUUUUACUUUUUAUUUUAUUUUUAUCGUUAAAGAAAACCCACCAACUUACAAAUGAGUAUUAUUGUUAUUAUUAUUAUCAUUAUUAUUUAUUAUUAUUAUUAUUAUUAUUAUUAUUAUUAUUAUUAUUAUUAUUAUUGUGAAAUGAUGCAAUCAAAUUAUAAUUUCUUUCUAUAGGUUCUAUUCUUGAAAUCGUAUUGACAGCUAAUGUUACCUCUUAUGUAGCUAUAAACUAUAAUACUGUUGCUGAGCAGUAGUCAAAAUUGGACCAAAUAUUAUGCAAGCCAUGUCAGUAAUUACGAUUCAUUUAUUCUUAAUACCUCAAUAUUUCUUCAUUUGAGCCUCAAAAUAUAAAGCUUAAAACUGAUCCAGCAAAUCAAAUACUUAAUCAAUCUUUCAUGAAUAGCAUUCUGAUGAAUAUCAUUGCUAAUUUUAAUAUUUGCGCUUUUGUUGAGUGAUCAGUUCUCAUCUGUCUAGCUAUCAAUUACAAGUACUUUUACAGUACAAGCUUCACUUGUUGCCAAUGAGCUCUUGCUUUGUCCCAUUAUCAGAAUCUUCUCUUAGACCCUGCUGGUGCAAUUCAGGGGAGGCAAGAACAACACUUCUAACAUAUUUGGCUGGUCAAAUUGAUGUUCAGUGUCUGGAUCUCGCUUGGAACACCUGUCCCACAUUGCAACUUCCAUAUGAUGUAAAUUUACAUAAUAUUUUGAUAAAUUAAUAGCAACAUUUUGAUAAUCAAAAUUUAAAAAGUAAACAAUAAUGAAUAAAAAUGUACAUAACUUAUAUUAGAUGUCUUAAUUUGUAUUAAUUUGUCAGAUCAGAAGAAUUGUGCCAUGACCUUUGUAAGCCUUUCCAAGACUGAUGACUGUGAUGCAGUUCAGUUUGAAUACAAAAGUUCAGUUUUAUCUUUUGUACUUUUAACAUCUGCAAGGCAAACAAAAGUGGAAAGGUAUAUUCACAAUUUUCUGCUUUGAGAAGGAAUGAUUGGACAAAAUAUUUAAUGUGAGAUUUUGCUCAGUGAAACACAGUAAAGAUGAUAAAAUGAAGAGAAACAGAUGGAUUGAGCAGGCUAGUGAGGUGGCCUAUUCAUUUCUCUAGUCCAGAGGAGCGAGUUGUUAUAGUUGUGAUAGGGAAUAUGUACAAAUAAACAGCAUGUCUGAAGCCAAUGCUUGUAGUCAUCCGUAUGUUGUAGUUACACCUUCCUAAAUAUGUGAACAGUAUUCUAAUAUUCAUUUAAGGUGAAAUUCAGAAACAGGUAAUGGUGAUGUAGUAUCUGGCUCUGAAGAAGCUUAAUUUUUACAAUACAGUUAUUGCUGUGUUAUAUAUGUGAUGUUACUAAAAACAAUUGUCAGAAAUUGUCUAUGAAGCAUUUGCAGUGAUUUGAGAGACUUAGUUGCAUGUUAUUCAUGCACUGGGAGAAUAUAGUGCAAGAUUCUUUUACAUGUGUAGUGAUCAUGUUUCUGAGUUUCUGAAGGAGACAAAGUUACCAUGACUUCAUUACAGAAUGUUUUUGAGUUCUCUGUUCAUAGAAGCAGCGUAUAUCUAACAUGAAAUGUAGAUGAUACCUGAGUGUGGAAAAUCAAAGAGGAUUGAAAGUUGACAUCAUCUGCAAAAUUGUUGCCUGUGUGUGAUAAGAAGUGACAACAAGUAGGUCAUUAAUGUACAGAAGCAAGAGUAAGAAAUAUAGAUCAGCUUUGGAGUAUAUCACACUUAAGAUAGUAUCUUCUAAAUUUGAUAAAUGUGUUUCAUUUUUGAUAAGUUUCAUUAAACAUCAAAAUAAAAUGAUAAGGAUGAAGGUGGAAUCACUUUCCUUCAGUACAGAAUAGCAUGAAAUGUUAUAAUUGAAAAAUCAAAUAUCAUCAUUUGGAGAGAUGGUUAAACAUUUUGGGCAUGAAUGCAGGAGUAUUUACCUAUGUAUCUUAGAGAAGUCUUAAAUCUUUGAUAGAAGUUCAAUUAAUAUCUACAUUAUCUCCCUUAAAAAUGCUUCUGUCUUUUGUUCAUAAAUGACAUGUAACUAAUAAUAAAUGCAAAGGAAAAUAGUAGGAAAUACACAUUAGAUGUACUUUGAAUAAAAUGUUAGAUUAUUGGGGCACUGCUUAAACUUAAAUAUCUUUACACCAGAAAUUGGACUGAUUUCCUGUUGCCUGUUUUAGAAUUUCAGCUCAACAUCGUGUACUAAUUAAACAGUGAUCAGAACAUCUCUAUGAUUUCUAUUUUUCAGCUAGGUGGAUUAAUAUUUACUUAGCUUUGCCAAUACAAUGAGUGUUGGCAAUGGAAUUAAAAACAAUUGACUCUUCAGCUGUUGUAUUCUAGAUAUUAUGGAUUCUGCCAAAAGUCUCUUUAUCACUUUCCUUGAUUUAUACUUGAGCUUUAGGAUACAUAUUUAUAGAGAAAUAAAGUCAGAUUAGAGGGUUUAAUGCUUUUCUCAAGGUCUUUAACAGCAUAAGUGAAAUGAAUUGGCUUCAACCAAGAAUAAAAACUGGCUUGAUUACCUUU